CGGAACCGGAAGUGGGGCCUGCUGCUGAGCUGGAGGGGGCGGGACAGACGGUGGCCGGGAAGGGGUUCGCGGGCAGCGAUCAGGAUGCCCAUUUAUGAGGCAGGAGAGUUAUGAGCUCGAAAGGCAAGAAGCGGGUGGUUCUGCCGACCCGGCCUGAACCACCCAGCGUGGAACAGAUCCUUGAGGACGUCAGGAGCACCCAGCCAUCCGAUCCCAUGUUUGUCCUUAUAGCAGAGUCCAAUAAAGACUUGCCAGCCCCUAGGAAGGAGGAGGAGUCUGAAGUGAAGCGCGAGCACCUGUACCAACAGAGUCAUUCUUACGUAGAGAUGAACCACCGGCUGCAGAAGGCCUGCAGUCUGCUGAAGGAGAAAUGUGAAGAGCUGAAGCAGGCGGGCGUGACUUUGGAACAGAAUAUUGUGGAAAUUAAGGAAAAGGCCUUGUGAGGUUGUCUGGCCUCUCUGGAAUGCCGAGACAUUGGGAGCAGAGACAAAAAGCUGGCCCAGAAGGGUUUGUGCUCGACAGUAAAAAGCCCCACCUCCUAGUCCUGACGCACUUCUCAAUGUGCUUUCAACUUUCACAGACGUCCCCAGAGUGGCCUCUUGUUUCUGUAUCCAAACCAUAGGGCCAGAAAGCCACCCAGCCAGGUAACCCCGGUGUGCACUUUGAUUUAAUGGAAGAUCUGGCACUGCUGCAUCUUACCUGGAAUCUCCAAGAACCCACCAAGCCUCAGUGGGGGGUUCAUCUUUAAAGCUAAAAAUGCUACAGGAUUUGCCUCUGUAACCCCUUCCCAAUGAACAACCCUGAUCUCAUUGCUCAUGUUCAGAGGGGACUCUUGGACCAGGUGUUUCACUGAGCCAUUAGGAGAACCUGAUGCCAAUUUCCAAAUGGCAAGCUUAAACCUGACCUGGCUGGGGUAAGCGUGGGCUCCAGGCAGCUGCUGGCUUUUCGUAAGCUGCCUGUCACCGUCUCAGGUGCCCAUGGUGACUGUUGGCAUGACGUCCCCCUCGCUCUCCAGGUUUACCUACGACUUCUCCAUCUGGUACUGUCUCCGUGAUGACAAUAUUGCUUCCUGCAUCUCCAUGUUGCUGAAAAAGCAAGGCCUCCAGGGUUAUGACGAGCACCAGGACCAAGUGGCAGGGACGUCCAUCCUCAUGACGGCCGCCGAGGUCAUCCAAGCUAGCAGGGUCGCUAUCGUCAUCUUGUCGGCCAGCUCGCUGGACGACCCCUGGUGUCAGCGCGUCGUGGAGUGGAACCUGCAUCAUGUGAUAGAGCAGGAGGGGACAAAGAUGAUCCCGGUUUACGUGGACGUGGAGAAAGAGCAGGUGCCUCUGGUUUUAAGGCAUCUUAACGAACUCGACUACAGAAACAAAUUCUUCGAGCGGAGGCUGCUGGAGAGCUUGAAAAGCAUCAUGCCUCCAGCUGGCCGAGUGAGGGCUGGGCGCCCCUCCAAAGCGACCAUUGCCAAAAGCAGAGCCAGCCGAUAGCACUGGGACUUAGCAGCAGCAGCACUGCCGCUGCAUGGAGAAACUGAGCCCCGGGGACUUUGGCUUUGGUUGAUUCCUGCCAGGAGUGAUGCAGCGUGUCUUGCCUUGUUCAUUUGGCAUCCAGGGUUUGCUGUGGGCCCCGUUGCAGUGUUGGCAGUGAACUAAUCUGCUUGGCUUUGCACCUAGACUCGACGGUGAGAAGACUUAGAAAAUAAAGUUGUUGCUGGUGGGAGUUUGCUAUUAAAAUGCAGUGGGAAUCUGUA